GUGGUGUGUCCGCUGGCGGCCGCCGUAGCGCGGUGGGGGUGGCGCUGCCAUGGCGGCCGGGCCGCCCGUGCUGCUGGGGCUGCGAGACGCUGCCAUGGCGGGUCCGUGCCGAGGCGGCGGGCAGGGCCCCCCCUGGGCCACCAACAAGCUGGGCGGCUCCGCGGACUGGGUGCCCGCCGUGCGGCCGGGCUGUCCCCGCUGCGGGGUGUGCGGGAGGGCGCUGGCGCACCUGGUGCAGGUGUACUGCCCGCUGGACGGGUCCCCCUUCCACCGCCUGGCCAACGUGUUCGCCUGCGCCUGGAAGGGCUGCUGGGGAGAACCCCACAGCUGGAAGGUGCUGCGCUCCCAGUGCUUGCAGGCACAACAACGGGAAACGCAAGAUUGCGGCGUGAAACAGAAACAAGAACCAAACUUUACUGCAAAGGAUUGGUGUGAUGAAGCAGAUGACUGGGGAGUCUGUGAUGGAGCAGAAUCUCCUGCGUGCUCCUCCCUUCAGCUGCUGGGCUUGAAUGAAGCUGUGAGCAGCUCCUCGUCCAGAGAGGUGGAGUGUGCAUCCCAGUUCCAACAGCUUUGCUUGUCUGAAGCCAUGGACACGUCAGGUUCCCUGCACACCCAUCCUCCAGCCAGCGAGGCAAUGGUAACAGAAACGUCUAGUCCAGCUCCUGUGUUCCAGCCCUUUUACAUUAGUGUUGUGGAUGAAGAAGACUACACUGGUUGCCUUGAUACAGAGCAUGCAGAUCAGCUGUUGAAGGAGUAUCAGCAGAGAGAGGGUGUUGAUUUGCAACAGCUGAUGUCAGAAAGUUUUGCCAAUGAGGGUGAUAAUGAAAAGUAUGAGAAGAGUCAGGUCAAAAGCAGGGACCACACGUUCCAUAAAUUUAUGAAAAGAAUAUCUGUGUGUCAUGAACAGAUUCUAAGAUACUCUUGGGGUGGCCAGCCUUUAUUUAUAACAAGUCCUCCAGCCAACAUUAACAAAGGGGUUCCAGCCUGCGGUAACUGUGGAAGCAACAGGAUAUUUGAAUUUCAACUCAUGCCGGCACUGGUCACCAUGCUCCAGAGCGACUCAGGUCUCUCAGUGGAAUUUGGAACUGCUAUAGUUUACACUUGUGAGAGAAGCUGUUGGCCAACAGAUCAUCAAACCCCUCUUGAAGAAUUUAUUUUUGUACAAGAAGACCCAGAUCAGAGACUAUUUAAAUAAAUUGUAUUUCUCUGCAUA